UAUUGUUUACGUGUUUUGCUCUGUGCCUACUGUGUUAUUUUUUGUUCAGAAAAUAUGUCAUCCUGGAUAACAGGACUGGCGGACAAGGCCGAAAACAUUCUAAAUAAACUCGACCAAAAUGCGGCCACGGCGCUUCAAACGGAUAACCCUACCGGAUCAGGGGAUCCCAUGCGCAGGAGCAUGACCAGCAGCACCCAAUCCUUGUCGCUGAAGUCCACUCUUUCGCCAGCGAAGCGUUCGGUAGCCAACAGCACAUCGAGUGUCAAGAGUGAGGGAAGCGGUUCCGUGGUCACCAAGGAGAUGCGCCAGAAGAUGUCUGCAUCGCCCAGUUCCUCCAACGCUCCGGAGGCCUCCGGCAACUCCAUGGACACUAACGAACUGGCUGCCUUCAAAAUUGCUCUGAAUGAGAUUACUGCAGAGAGGGAUGAGCUACGUCUUCGUUUAAAUGAACUAAACCAUGACAGCGAAAACUUCGCAUUGCAGCAGCGGAGCCAAGAGCUAGAAACUCUGGCUCAAACGCUCUCCGAGGAGAGAGACAAGGCGGUGCACGACCUAAACGAGGCGCAGACCGCUCACAUGGCCUACGUGCACUCCAUUUCCGAACUGGAAACUAAUCUGGCCAAACUGCAGCAGGAAUACUUGAGUGCCGCCAACAAGCUACAGAUGCAAACAAGAGAAACGGAACAGCAACGCCAGGAGCUGCAGGAAUAUCGUACCAAGGCCCAGAGGGCCUUGCAGGCCAAGGAUGCGCUCAUCGCAGAGCUUAAAGCAAAACCUGUCGAUGACGGCGGAAAUACAGGUCUAGCGGCCAAGGACAGUGAAACGCGCUUUUUGCAAAUCGAGUGUGAAUCUUUAAAACAAGAACUAGAGCAUGCCAAUGAAGAGCUGCAAAAGACUCGACUACAGGUGGACGAUUACCUCUCGCAGGAAAGGCAACGCCAAGUGGAGCUUAGCUCCGCGCUGCAGAGAGAGGAGGCAUUAGCUAAGGAACUUCGCCACUCUCGAGAGCACACCGUGACCUCCGAUUCCGAACAACGCAUUCUUUCCCAGGAACUUGCCUCGCUUCGCCAGCAGCUUAGCAACCAAAUGGCCGCAUCCGCAACCCGCUUGCAAGAGAAGGAGCAACAGCUGCUGCAGAUGCGUCAGCGGCUCCAACAGGAUGCCAAUAGUGGAGCCAAAAACGAUUAUGAGGCCAGGCUUAAGGCGCUCACUCAAUCGCUGGUCGAGCGGCAAGGUCUCUUGGAGCGCGUUACAUCGGAGAGGAAUGCCCUACGGCUGCAACAUGAGAAGAUCCAAGCACAACUCCAGCAGAAUACGCAUAUGGUUGAGAUGGAGAGCCAUAGGGGUGGUAGUCGCAAUCCUAUGCUCUCCAACAGUACAGACGAUGCCAAGGCCCAAUUUCCGUUGCUCAUGCAUCCGAGUCCGUUUGACAACCGUGUGGCCCGUCGAUUCAAGCGCGCUCUGCGCCAGGCGGACUCCAUGGGCAUACGAGUGGGUGCCUUCCUGCGACGUUAUCCCAUGAUGCGUGUGUCUGUGAUUGUUUAUGUGGCCCUGCUUCAUCUCUGGGUCAUGUUCGUGCUGCUGUCCACGACGCCCAACUAAUCGAAUAACUUUUUGUUAAUUGAGCAAUUGUUUUAUUUUUAAAUAUUGUAUUUUACACGCAAAAUUUGAUAUCUAGGAGUACGAGUAUAUGUGUGUGUCAUGUUUGUGAUUACAGCAAUUGUAUAUAUCGUUAGUAUACUUGUUGUGGGUGUGUUUCGCACUCGAUCUAAAUUCAAUAUUCAAUAAACAUCAACUAUGUACAGAAA